UUGUUUGCAGAUUGACACCACAGGUCUCUCUCUGUGUGCUCUUAAACUUAAUGUCAAAUAUGCUCCUGCUUCUCUCAGAUCAUUAUCUCUUUUGAUGAGACAACAAUGAUUGAAGACGUUGAUAAUCUGUUCAAAGUUUUCGCCUUGGGAAAACCUGUGACAUUCAGUGCCACGUCACUUGCACCAGAGGUUGAGGAUAAUAUCCCUUCCGGACUUGUCAGGGAGACUCUAUAUUUGACUCAUUCGAUUUUCAACACUUAUCAUACGAAGCAUGAGCUACUAAGAUACAUUAGUAAGCUGCAGUCAAAGGAUCUGUCAUUAUGCCACAGUAUGAUUCGUCUGGGAUCUUGCACCAUGAAGCUUAAUGCAACUACAGAGAUGAUGCCUGUGACAUGGCCAGUCUUUGCAGAUAUGCAUCCUUUUGCUCCUACCCAACAGGCACAGGGUAUCAGGAAAUGUUCAAGAAUUUGGGUGACAUGUUGUGUAUCUUAACCGGAUUCAUCUCUUUCUCUUUGCAACCAAAUGUUGGAGCUGCUGGAGAGUAUGUUGGACUGAUGGUUAUCCGAGCUUAUCAUAUGG